GGCGCGCCCGGCGCGGGGCACGCUGGGACGGGGGCUCCAAAAUGGACAACCACAGGGAUGCGCCAGGAAAGGCGAGCCGGUGGUUCGGAGUUUCCCAAUCCAAGUCUGCCAAGACCAGCGUGAACAUCCUGCAGCAGGAGGAGCUGAUUGCCCAGAAAAAACGGGAAAUCGAGGCUCGGCUGGAGCAGCAGGCUCGGCAGAAUUCCCUCAGCAUCCCGCAGCUCCCGCUGCUCGGAGACGACGAUGGCUCCGAGAACGAGGCCUCUGUGUCCAACAAGUUUGUGAACGAUGGGAGCUUCCUGCAGCAAUUCCUGAAGCUCCAGAAGGAAAAAUCCAAUGCUGAAACUGCCCCAAAUGCCCCCAACAGCUCUGGCAAUGCCCCAGCCCCACACCCUGGGAAGAAGCCGGCGCUGCUGGGCAAGCGGCCGGGCCAGGCCCUGAGCCGGAUGCUCCAGGCCCGGAGCCUCUCCCAUCCCAAACCCAGCCCUGUCCUGAACCGCCUCAGCGUCUUCCAGGCCCCAGAUGAGGAUGAGGAGGAGGAUUACGAGCAAUGGUUGGAAAUUAAAGUUUUGCCCCCAGAGGACGUGGAGACGCGGCAGGUGGUGGAAAAGCUGGCCAGGUUCGUGGCUGAGGGCGGCCCCGAGCUGGAGAAGGUCGCCAUGGAGGACUACAAGGAUAAUCCGGCUUUUGGGUUUUUGCAUGAUAAGAACAGCAGAGAAUUCCUUUACUACAGGAAGAAAGUGGCAGAAAUAAGGAAAGAAAAUCAAAAUUCCCAGGCAGCCUCUUCCCAAAAAGUUUCCCCCCCAGCCGACGCGGAGACGCGGAGCUCGGCCGAGAAGCUGGCGCAGGUCGUGGCUGCUGGGGGGCCCCAGGUGGAGGCCAUCGCCCUGCAGAGCAACAGGGACAACCCUGCCUUCAGGUUCCUGUACGAGCCGCAGAGCCCCGGGCACCGCUAUUACCGCCACAAGCUCGAGGAGCUCCGCCGCGCCCGCGCCGCCGCCCCCUCUCCCGGGAACCCCAAUUCUCCCGCCAGCUCCUUUCCCGCCAACCCCAAUUUUCCCGCCAACUCUUUUCCCGCGAACCCCAAUUUUCCCGGCAAUUCUUUUCCCGGCGAGCCCGGCCUCAAACGCAAGAGCAGCCCCGAGCCCUCCCCGUCCCCGCUGUGCUUCCCUCCCCUCCCCGUGCCCUCCCCUCUCCCCGUUCCCCUCCCGCCCCCUCCGGCUCUCCCGGUUCCCUCUCCCGCUCUUCCCGCUGCUCUUCCCAUCCCCUCGGCCUCUCCCGCUCCUUCCACCUCCCCCUUGGAUCAACCAAACCCUGCUGCCAUCCCAAAUCCUGCUGCCACCCCAAACCCCGGCCCGGGCAGCAGCAAAAAGAAGAGGAAGAGUCGCUGGGGGCCGGAGGAGGAGAAGGUGGAGCUGCCCCUGCCACAGCUGGUGCAGCAGCUGGAUUCUCCCUCUCCACUCUCAGUUCAGGACCUGAAGGGGCUGGGAUACGAGAAGGGGAAACCUGUGGGGCUGGUGGGAGUCACUGAGCUCUCUGAGGCCCAGAAGAAGCAGCUGAAGGAGCAGCAGGAGAUGCAGCAGAUGUAUGACAUGAUCAUGAAGCACAAGAGGGCCAUGCAGGAGAUGCAGCUGCUGUGGGAGCGGGCGCUGCAGCAGCACCAGCACGGCUACGACAGCGACGAGGAGGUGGACAGCGAGCUGGGCACGUGGGAGCACCGCCUCAGGAGGAUGGAGAUGGACAAAACACGGGAGUGGGCCGAGCAGCUGACCCAGAUGGGCCGGGGCAAACAUUUCAUCGGGGAUUUCCUCCCUCCUGACGAGCUGGAAAAAUUCAUGGAGACCUUCAAGGCCCUCAAGGAGGGCAGGGAGCCGGAUUAUUCCGAGUACAAGGAGUUCAAGCUGACGGUGGAAAACAUCGGAUACCAAAUGCUGAUGAAAAUGGGAUGGAAGGAAGGAGAGGGAUUGGGAUCUGAAGGACAGGGGAUUAAAAAUCCUGUCAGCAAGGGCACCACGGCCAUGGACGGGGCGGGAUUUGGGAUCGAGCGCCCGGCCGAGCUCACCAAGGAGGACGACGAGUACGAGGCCUUCCGCAAACGCAUGAUGCUGGCCUACAGAUUCAGGCCCAACCCACUGAACAACCCACGACGACCUUACUACUGAGGAAGGAUUUUCCCACCAGAAUUCCUGGGAAUUCUGAUCCCAAAUUCCAUUUUCCAUCUCUUUUAUUUCCUGAUAUUAUCUGGUUUUUUUUU